AUGGCUUCAUCUCAUGACCAUCCUCGCCAGUCUAGCAUCGAUCUAGACUCGGCCGACCGCCCCUUUGACAAUAUCAUCAACUUUCGCGACGUCGCCAGCUCUAUUAACGACUGUCUUGGUUCUCGUGUUUUGAAGGAGGGUGUUCUCUUUCGCAGCGCAAGGCUAGAUGAUGCCUCUGAAAGAGAUAAACGCCGUCUCACCGAUGAAUUGCACAUUUCCACCGUGAUCGAUCUCCGAUCCAGCACAGAACACCAAAUCGCCACCAAAAAGCGACGGGCUGAAAAUGGUCUGCCUGUCGAGCAGGCAGCCUUGCCCAAGGCAGAAGAGCAUCUCGUGCAGCUGGGUGGUGUGCGACGAGAACUGAUUAGUUUGACUGGCAAGGCGUUUGAGCGGAGCUUGUUGUGGAAAUUGGAUUGGUAUAAUUUUUUAAAAGUCUUAGCACUGGCUGCAUCCGGAUACCGACCCGAUGCCGUCGUCAUCGUCGGCCAACAAGUCAUGUCUCCGCGUGGCCUAAUCGGAUUGGGCCAGGACACGUUGGACAGCAGCACAGCAGAAAUGAAAGAACUCUUCGAACUCUUCGCCAAGGAAGAAACCUACCCGGCCAUCGUGCACUGCACCCAAGGCAAAGAUCGCACAGGACUCAUGGUUUUACUCCUUCUCCUACUCACGGGUCUGGUACCCGAGGACGCCAUCGCGACCGACUAUGUCAAGUCGGAGCCCGAGCUAGUGCUGGAGUUUGAGGAGCGUAUGAAGGAGAUUCGUAUGAUUGGGUUGUCAGAGGAUUAUACCCGGUGUCCGCCGGGAUUUACGAGCGAGAUCAAAGCCCACCUGGAUUCCAAAUAUGGGGGUGUUGAGGGUUAUUUACUCUCGAUUGGGAUUGAUCGCGAGAAACAAGAGAUGGUCCGACGGAAGUUGCUGGCAUAGACUGCCCUCUCCUCGACUCGGUUUCUUUCUUUCUUUUUAUUUUGCACUGUAAUUUUUGAUGGGAUUGGGCUUUUUGAUACACUGCAUACUGAAGACGAAAGACUGUAUCGAUUAGGUGUAUAUGUAUUAAUGAUAAUGACUCGAAUGCAAGAAGCUGCAUUUAUAUUUGCCACGGUGUUUGGGAUUACGCGUUCUCAAUAAAUAGUCAUCUCUCAAGCAAUUAGUACUAAAAAAGGCAUUAUGCAAAAACAAGUCACAGAGAAAGGUAUCAAGCAAAAAGCAAACCUAUAAACAGAUUAAACAAGACAAGUCCCGAGGUAUCUUUA